AUGGCAGCCGAUAGAAAUCUAACAUCAAAUGCCCCUCGUUUCAAUAUAAAUACUCCCGACUAUGAAAACACAUCACAAGAUGAUGUCAACAGGAACCCAUUUGGCGAUGAUGGGGAACUUUCAUCACACUCGUCAGCAUCACCUCAUAAUACAGGAUAUGAUUUUCAACAACCACAGCUGCAGAGGAUAGGAGCUCAUAACAACCUAGAGUCGUAUGGAAAUGCUUUCCUGUCACAUGGAGGAUACUACACAAAUGGUGGUAGUUCCAACCUACUCAUGAAUGAAACGUCAAGUUCAGAUGAGUCUAGAGCGCUCAACAGAGACUAUGAUCGAUUAAACCCGUCGAGCCCUGCUGAAUUUGACAGGUAUCCGUCAAUGGCAGGCUCUAGAGUUGUGUCUUCAGCUUCAUUAGCAACACAAAUGAACAAUUUUCCAGAAAAAGAAAAGAUGGGCGCUACAAACAAUUACCACAUUUCGCAAUCCUCAUCUUCAAAUUCCCUAAAUGAUCUAGCAUCGCAGAAUUCAAGUCCUUACCCAAAUGAUUUUUCUCCAUUUGGUGGAUAUCCCGCAUCGUCCUUUCCCUUGACCAUCGAGGACAAGGAGCCAGACGAUUACUUGCAUAACCCUGAUCCAGUAGUUGAUGCAGAAUAUGACAACAACAGAUUCUUGUAUGAUAUAAAACACAUGGACAAACGUUCACUUGGGGGGUUGUUGGGUGUUGUUGCAUUAGGUUUAGCCGUUGGGGUGGUGUUUAUAUUGUUACCAGCAUUGACAUAUUCCGGAGUAACGCACCAUAUCAAACCAGAAUCGUAUGAAGUCUUGACCCAAUAUGAGUAUCCGAUGUUGAGCGCUAUACGCCAGGACUUGGUUGAUCCCGACACCCCAAGCGACGCAUUGACUUUGGAAUCGAAGGGUGGUGACAAAUGGAAGUUGGUGUUUUCUGACGAGUUCAACGCCGAGGGAAGAACUUUCUACGACGAUGACGACCAAUUUUUCGUUGCCCCUGAUAUUCAUUAUGAUGCCACUAAGGAUCUCGAAUGGUAUGACCCAGAUGCCGUCACCACCGCUAAUGGUACUUUGGUCUUGCGUCUAGAUGCAUUCAAGAAUCACGACUUGUUUUACCGUUCCGGUAUGGUGCAAUCGUGGAACAAGAUGUGUUUCACUCAGGGAAGAAUCGAAGUCUCUGCAAGAUUGCCCAAUUACGGAACUGUUUCUGGAUUAUGGCCUGGUUUGUGGACAAUGGGCAAUCUAGGUCGUCCCGGAUAUUUGGGCUCUACUGAGGGGGUUUGGCCGUACUCGUACGAUUCAUGCGACGCAGGUAUCACCCCGAACCAAUCUUCACCAGAUGGAAUCUCUUAUCUUCCAGGACAAAGAUUGAACAAAUGUACAUGUCCCGGAGAGUCACAUCCUAACCGAGGCACAGGUAGAGGUGCCCCAGAAAUCGAUAUCAUCGAAGGUGAAAUUAUGACCACUACUGAUUCAAACAAGCAAAACAAUGGUGUUGCCUCACAAUCAUUGCAAUUGGCACCUAUGGAUAUCUGGUAUAUGCCAGAUUACGAUUUCAUUGAAAUUUACAACUACUCCAUCACCACAAUGAACACAUAUGCAGGUGGUCCUUUCCAGCAAGCAUUUUCCGCCACUACAACUUUGAAUAUAACGUGGUACGAGAGAGGUGAUGGAUUGGAACACCAAUACCAGCGUUUUGGUUUUGAGUUGCUAAACGACGACUCUGAUGGAUAUUUGAGAUGGUACGUGGGAAGAGACCCAACAUUGACGGUUUACUCCACCGCUCUUCACCCCAACGGAAAUAUCGGAUGGAGACCCUUGUCCAAGGAACCAAUGUCGCUCAUUUUCAAUCUUGGUAUCAGUAACAAUUGGGCUUAUAUUGAUUGGAACUCUGUUGUAUUUCCAUCGCAGUUUCACAUUGAUUAUGUCAGAAUAUACCAACCUGAGGACCAAAUCAAUGUUGGUUGUGAUCCUGAUGAUUACCCAACUUAUGAUUACAUUCAAGAACAUUUGAACCUUUAUACGAAUCCAAACAUCACGUCUUUUGAGGAUGGAGGUUACUCAUUCCCAAAGAAUAGUUUGAUUGGUUGUUAA